UGGAAGAGAAAGUGGGUAAACACAAGAAAGUAUAACUAAUAAUUCAGGCAAAUCUUAGUGACAUUUACGUGCGUAAAUAAUUUGAUUGCUGCAUUAAGAAUUCAUUAGAUAACAGGCUGAGAAAGAAGAAUGGCUGAUUGGUCAGACUACCGUAAUGAUGAUGAUGAUGAUGUUGAACAAGAAGUGGGAGAAGAAUCAGCAGGUGAAUAUAAAAGCAGUGGUCGUGACAGCCUGGUGUUUUUGGUGGAUGCAUCUAAAGAAAUGUUCAUAAAGGGAGAAGAUGGAGAGCCCUCUAACUUUGACAUGACCAUGCAGUGUGUUCGCAGUGUGUACACAAGUAAAAUCAUAAGUAGUGACAGAGACCUGGUUGCACUAGUGUUUUAUGGGACUGAGCAGAGCAAAAAUCCCAGAAACUCUUUCAAACAUGUCUAUGUCUACCAUGAUCUGAAUUCUCCUGGUGCUCGACAUGUGCAAGGUAUAGAUAACCUGAGCGGUGCUAAAGGAGCUCAGCUGGCUGCAAAGACUAUGGGCAGUGGAGAGACGUCACUCGGAGAUGCUCUGUGGUGCUGCUCAAACUUGUUUAGUGACAUUAAGCUACGGCUCUCUCACAAACGGCUUAUGAUUUUUACCUGCAGAGACAACCCUCAUGGAGGAGACGCUGCUCGAGACAGGCAGGCUCGCACUAAAGCUGAUGACCUUAAAGAGACAGGGGUGGUCAUAAACUUAAUGCACCUCAAAAAAACGGGAGGGUUUGACGUCUCUCUAUUUUUCUGUGACAUUGUGAGUCAACCUGAGGAUGAAAGUGAACUUGGGCUGCAGCUCAAUCCUUGUGAGAAACUUGAGGAACUCCAGAAGAGGGUCAGAGCUAAAGAAAUGACUAAAAGAACCCUGAGCAGAUUAAACUUUUCACUGGGAGAAGGAAUGAAAGUUGCUGUUGGUGUCUAUGUGCUGGCUAGAACAGCCACAAAACCUGCUGCUGUUAGACUGUAUAAAGAUAACAAUGAACCUGUUCGCACCAAGACCCGUCUGUUUCACACCCAAAAUGGAAGUCUGCUUUUGCCAAGUGACACCAAGAAAUCCCAGGUUUAUGGUCACAAGCAGAUUGUGAUGGAGAAGGAUGAGGUGGACGAGAUCAAAAAGUUUGAUGAUCCAGGACUGGUUCUCAUAGGCUUUAAGCCAAUGGAACGUUUAAAAUUACACCAUCACUUACGACCUGCACUCUUCAUAUAUCCAGAAGAGGAGCAAGUCACAGGCAAUUCCUGUGUGUUUACAACUCUGCUGCAAAAAUGUAGUGAAAGAAAUGUGUUUGCAUUAUGCAAAUACACUUCACGGCGAAACACUCCACCUCGAUUUGUGGCUCUGGUACCUCAGAGAGAGAUCCUGGACCCAAGUCAGGUUCAGGCUGCACCUCCAGGCUUUCAUGUGAUUUUCUUGCCCUUUGCUGAUGAUAUUCGUACUUUGGAUUACCAUGUUUGUCCUACUGCCUCCGAUGAACAGACUGACAAGAUGAAAGAGAUUGUACACAAACUCCGCUUUAAAUAUAGGAGUGAGGCUUUUGAAAAUCCAGUUCUGCAACAGCACUUUAGGAAUCUGGAGGCCUUAGCUCUGGAUAUGCUUGCUCCUGAAGCCAUAGAAGACCUUACAAUGCCCAAAGUGGAAAUGAUAGAUGGUCGCCUUGGUCCUCUAGCUCAGGAAUUUAAAGAUUUAGUCUAUCCAGCAGACUACAACCCAGACAGCAAGACUGCUGCUAAACGCAAACCAGCGGUGUCUGCUGGUGGUGCUGACAAGAAGCCAAAAGUUGAGAUUUCAGAGGACGAGCUGAGGGCCCAUGUGGCUAAGGGCACUUUGGGCAAGUUAACAGUACCUGUGCUUAAAGACGCCUGCAAACAAAUUGGAGUGCGUACAACCGGCACCAAGAAACAGGAACUUAUAGAUGCUCUAACUGCACAGCUCUCCUAAUAAACUGGUGUUCAAAAAUUGA